AACCACAUCAUAAAAACAACGCAACUCAUCUCCACCGUUUUCCACGUUUCUCUCCAAAUUGCUGACAACUCUUGGAUGUGAUUUUCAUUUUCAUUCAAUUUCUCCAAACCCUAACCCUACAAUCAAUCCUUCCUUCCCAAACGAGAAAAAUUCUGCAAAUGGAAAACGUCUCUUACUCUUCUUAUCCUGAUUCCGGCGACUCGUCUCCUCGCUCUCGCGAUAUCGACGAGAGCCAGUCGUGGGACGAGCUUCCGUCCAAUUACAAAAUCAAAUUAAUAUGUAGUUAUGGAGGUAAAAUCCAGCCGAGACACCACGAUAACCAACUCGCUUAUAUGGGUGGUGAUACGAAGAUUCUCUCCGUCGAACGCAAUGUCAAGUUCUCGGUGAUUAUGAACAGGCUUACUUCUCUCUGUGGCGAUGCUGAUAUAUGCUUCAAGUAUCAGCUACCUGGUGAGGAUCUUGAUGCUUUGAUUUCUGUCACCAACGAUGAGGAUCUCGAGCACAUGAUGCUCGAGUAUGAUAGGUUGUAUCGCGCGUCGGCUAAGCCCGCGAGGUUGAGGUUAUUUCUGUUUCAUUUGAAUCCUUCGAGUUUUGGAUCUGAUGAAGUGAAGUCGGAGCGGCUUUGGUUUGUGGACGCUUUGAAUUUUGUGCCAGUGCAGAAUCAAGAAGUUUCUUCGCCUCCUGCGGCAGCGGUGGCGGCAACAGUGACGGCUGGGAAUCCAGACUUUCUCUUCGGGUUGGAAAAGGGGGCUGUUCCCGUCGCGAAAUUCAUGGAUACAGCGCCGCCACCGCCGACGGUGCCCGUUGGGAACGAUGUUUCCGCUGGAUCCGAGUGUGGAUCGGAGGAUCGGCACGUAAUUGGUGAUACGGUAAUUAAUCAACUGAACCCAGAUUUGCAAAAAUUGCAAAUAUCUGCUGCUCAGGAGCAGUCUAGAAAAAUUGAGGAGGCAAACUCUAGGGGUUAUGCUGUCGAGUACUGCGCUCAACAAGUUAAUGAAAAAAUUCCUCCCCAACCGUCACAGGUUGCGAUGCCGGUACUCAUUCCUGUUCCCGCCACCUACUUGCCGGAAAGGCACAUGAACGCUAGUGGUUAUACUAUUACUGUCCCUGGAACUGAGCAUACAGUUUAUCAAAUUCCUAUGGCGGCUGCUAUGUACCAAGCACCAGCAUUAAGACCGGUGACCGGACAAGUGGGUCAGGGAUAUUAUGGACUGCAGAGGGUUGUACAGGAAGUUUACAGAGAGCAGCCACUGUACAAUGCGGUACCGCCAACAACAACAGUACCUUCACUCCCACCACAACAACAAUCGCCAAUGGUAGGGGUUUACACCGAAGGGAUUGGAAUUGGACAGGCUAAAGUUGGAGUAGCCGAGCAGGGAUAUGUGCAGGUUGGUUACGACAGUGCAGGGAGGCAGGUUUAUUAUACUACUACCCCAUAUCAGGCAGUUGCAGCAGAUAAUAGCGCAUUGAAUCAAGAUGGUAAGGUUCAGGUUGUUGGUGCCAAUGCAAAGGGUCCGCAAGUUUCAUCUAUGUGAUUUUUGGUUUAUAAAUUAUUGAUUAGACCGAAGAGUUUAUUACAAGAAUAAGGAAAUGAUUCUGCAAAGCUUUCGUGUGGUGGAUAUUGCUAUGCUAUGGAAAACUAACUUUGAGGUGUUGGUUUGAGAUCGUUUAAUAUGUACAUGGGGAUGGGGGAACACUGUUAAUGUAAAUUCUGAUGAUGAUUUAUUUCCGAUUAGAUUAUUGCACUUGACAGGACUUUCUUCUAGUUGCUAAA